GCUCAAGAAGAGGAGGGAGUUCGGUCGCAGGGGACGCGGCGACACGUGAGCGUGUAGAUGCCAGUCGCGUCACUCGACUCCGUGGACCAUCCGACUCCGAGAAUCCGAAUCCGAGCCCACCGUGAGCGUGAGCAGCCUGACUCAGCAAGGCUCUCUCAUUGCAGAGCACCCAUCAUGCCCAUGUUGAGAGCUCACUAUCUUCUUGCAAGCAGGUCACUUUGCAGACGCUAUGCUACUGUCCCCGGCCCUCACGCGCUGGUCUUCCUCGAGCAUCGUGCAGGGGUCAUCGACUCUGGCUCCCUGUCGGCUCUCACAGCGGCGCAGCAACUGGGUGGCGAGGUCACUGGCCUCGUUGUCGGUGGGCCAGAUGAGGUCAAGGGAGUGGUGGAGAAGGCGAAGAAACUCAAGGGUCUGAGCACCCUCCUGCACAGCACAUCCUCCCAAUACGCUGUGCCCGUCCCGGAGAUUGUUUCUCCACUCCUCGAGAAACUUCUCUCGUCUGGCUCGCCGUUCACGCAUGUUGUCUCGUCCCACUCUUCCUCCGCCAAGUCCCUCUUGCCUCGUGUUGCAGCGCGGCUCGACCUUCCCGCUGUCUCCGACAUUACAUCCCUGGAUCACGAUAGCUCCGACAACUCAACAACGUUCACUCGCCCCAUCUACGCAGGAAAUGCUAUCGCUACUGUCCGUGCACCGUCGUCGCUUCCCAUCAAGUUCUUCACAGUGAGGUCCACUGCCUUCGCAGCGGCUCUCGAGCAGGACGCGCAAGUGGAGGACAAGUCUGUUGACCCAGUCGAAGUCUCCAACUCGCCCUCGCAGCAUGUCAAGACCGACCUAACCAAGUCGGAUCGUCCCGAGCUCGGAGCUGCGAGCCGCGUCGUCUCUGGUGGACGGGCGCUGAAGAACGCCGAAACGUUCAAUGCAACCCUAGAGCCGUUGGCGGACGUGCUCGGCGCUGCGAUUGGAGCAUCACGAGCUGCCGUCGAUGCGGGCAAGGUCGUCGCGCCAGAGCUAUACAUGGCUAUCGGUAUAUCCGGGGCCAUUCAGCAUCUCGCAGGAAUGAAGGAUUCCAAGAUGAUUGUCGCUAUCAACAAGGAUCCGGAUGCCCCUAUAUUCCAGGUCGCGGACGCCGGAUUAGUAGCGGAUCUAUACGAUGCAGUGCCCGAACUCGUGGAGAAGUUGAAAGCGCAGUAGGACAAACUGUGUAGUAAUGCUGGUUGGGAGUUCGCACCCCUAGUCCUAUUGGCCGCGAGUGUGCCAAGCCUAUUGAUUACGGUCGCGUGCACUUCGAUUGCGGUGUAUACGUACUGUAUCACUAUGACAUGGAAUACGUCGACCAAUUGCAAUACUUGAGAGCAAGCGAGAGGUGUCAGUCUGAGGCAAUGAGAGCUUCUCCAGAGCUUAUCCCCCAUGUCUUAAGUACGUCAUGCAGGUAGUCUAAAGGUG